GUAAAAUUCUGACCUUCGCAAAUUCUUCUGCCCACAAGCUCUUGAUAAAUCAAUAUAAUUGAGGAUACAGUAAUCAGGAAACUGUUGCCAACAGGGACACUGACUGGAAACUUUAUUUGAAAUUUCCUUCCUGAUUAUGAUGAAAGCAGUCUGCCGCCGAAUGCAAUAACAACGUAAAUUCUUGCUCAUUUCUACAGCUGCCAUACUGAAAUUGCCUUGCUAAUAUUUUAGAACUCAUGGAGCUUUACAUAAUUAUCAUAUACUGUGCAUUCAUUUUAAAUGUUUUCAGGCAAACAGUUGCUACUAUAUCUUGUGAAGAAGACAUCCAUUCUUCUUGUCCCAAUAAACCGUUCAUAGAAGCAGGUUUAACGCUCUUUGAUGAAGAAAUGCUACAGACUCACUGCAGUGACAUUAUAGAAGAUAUUGAAUGCAAAGAAAAUUAUUUAUCCAUUUGCGAUCGGAAGGGCUAUCAAACAUUUACAAUGCUUAUUGGUGGCUUUAAAGACACUUUUGCGGAACUGUGUGAUGAAAAUUCGGAUCUCCGAUCUGAAUAUCGUCGACACGUUUCCUGUUUACGAAACUCUCGCAAUUUAUAUCACAGCUGUGCUCUCAACGCCAUCGAGAAUGUUCUAAAUGCUGAAACUGAUGAGAAAUCGAAUAACAGCAUAGGAGAAUGGGAUAAUGAGAAUUUAGCAAAGAGAUUAUGUCGGAUCUAUCAGCCUAUCAAAAACUGCGUUUUACAAGAAACACUUGAAAAGUGUGGAGCAGAUGCAAAAGGGUUUUUGGAGAUCUUAUCGGAUCGCUUUGCAUCGAGGUUUGUAGAAGAAAUGUGCAAUUAACAAUAAAAUGAAGAAAGCCUUCUUCAAAUAAAGAGUUUUAAUUGUAAAUUUUAUUGCACACAUUUAGUUCUUUAAUGGCUUGUGUCUUAGGGAAAUGUUUCAAGAUUAUUUAGAAUCAGUUCUCUUAAAUACAAGACGCAGAGACAGUUUCGUUAUUAACAUUUUACAGCCUAAUAUGUAGUAUCCUUAUUAUUUUUUAUUACACUUAUUCAAUAAAAUCAGUAUGAAAAAAUAA